AGGGCCGGGUGGCCGCCGCACGUUCCAGUGCGCGCCCUCUGUCCCCUCCACGGGCGCGCGGCGUCCGCCAUGGAAGCACAUCCGGCUGCCACCGGGGUCUCCGGGCGCCGCGUCCCCGGUUCCCCGGAGCGAUGAGGAGGUAGGGGCGCCCCACGUUCCUCCUUCCGCCCGCGCUCGGUCUGCCGGACCGAGAAGGACCGUGGGUCUGCUGGCCGGCCGGCCGCGGUGCCGCCCCCGCGCCGCCCCUCCCCGCCUCGCCUCCUGGGGGCGCUGCCGGGCGUCCUCCGCUCAUGCCGCCCCGGCGCCCUGCCGCGCCCGGCGCCGGCCGCUGAAGCCCCGGCCGCGCCGCCCGCCCGUCCGCCGGCCCGCCCGCGCCCACCGCCCAGCCGCCCGGAGCCGGCCGCCCUCCUGACCCCAAGAUGUGGCACAGCGUCGGGCUGACCCUGCUAGUGUUCGUGGCCACGCUGCUGAUCGUGCUGCUGCUGAUGGUGUGCGGUUGGUAUUUUGUUUGGCAUCUUUUUUUAUCAAAAUUCAAGUUUCUUCGGGAACUGGUGGGAGACACAGGAUCUCAGGAGGGAGAUCAUGAACCUUCAGGGUCUGAAACAGAAGAAGAUGCUUCAUCAUCUCCACACAGGAUCAGAUCUGCUCGCCAAAGGAGGGUACCUGUUGAUGAAGGCCACUGACCUGAGCCGUGGUCUUCUGAUAGUGAAUGACAAAGGACACUGGGAGUCUCUCUCUGUAAUGACUUGGCUUUGCAAUCUGCUAAAAGAUUGAAGAACAUUCAUUCUUGGAUCUUAAGUCCAAUUCAAAAAAAGAUUUACAUGUAAGCCAUAUGAAAAUAAAGGGAAUUACAACCAAAUUGGACCAUUGCAGAUUUCAUCGUAAAGAUAAUUUUUGCUUAUAUACUUCUACAUAUAUACUUAUUCUUUGACUCUUGGGCUUAUCUUCUUGCACUGGUGUUAAUCUGGUAAAUAUUACAGGCUUGAAAAACCGUAUUUUAUUAAUAUUAGUUCUAUGUUGUACUUUUUUUCCCCCGCAUUAUACCUUGUCUGAAAUCGGGAUGCAUUUUAUGAUUACUGUCAACCAGGCAGUAGUCAUGGUGCAAUUAUCCUCGCCUGUGCCUGUGUGGACUUAAGGUUUGUCCUGUUGUUGGUAUCAAAUGUGUCAGGUUUAAUUGGCUUUUAAAAAUGUCUUCAAAAAGAUUACACUAUGAUUCGGCAUUGAAACGAAAAGUUAUCGUGUAUGCAGAAAAGCAUGGAAACAGAGCAGCAGGGCGUAUGUUCGAUAUUAGUGAAGCAAAUAUCCGUCGCUGGAGGAAUGACCGAAAUUCCAUACUUUCUUGUAAAGCAACAACAAAAUGCUUUACGGGACCUAAGAAAGGAAGAUACCCACAAGUAGACGAAGCUGUGCUACAUUUUGUCAGUGAGACACGUGCAAAAGGACUGCCUGUCACACGCCAGGCGAUGCAGCUGAAGGCAGGAGAAAUUGCCAAAACCCUUGGAAUAGAUGAAACAAAAUUCAAAGCAACAAGAGGCUGGUGUGAUCGAUUCAUGCAUCGAGCAGGACUGUCGUUAAGGCGUCAAACAUCAUUUUGUCCAGCGCUUCCUGCUGAUAUUAAACCGCAGGCAGUGCUGGAGUGCUGUAUUAAGAGAUGCUGCAUUGCCAGCACUCUUGAUGAUGCCAAGGGUGCUGUGGCCUGGGAGAAUGCAGACACCGAUGGCUGUGAUUUGAGUGAUUGAGAGGAGUUAGACUCAAGACUAUGAAGUUAUAGUCAUAACUUAGCCAACUUAUUUCAUCAUACACUUUCUUUACGUAUGCAGAAGAUUGACGCGAUAAAGAUCUGUUUUAACUCUAAAAGCUGUUUGAGUAAAUUUAAAAAGUAGCCGUUCUACAGGAUACACAAGCAUUGUGUCAUAGUUUAAUUGCCUAUGUGUUUUCUUAGUGAUACAUGUGGUGCGUCUUACAACUGAUGGCAUCUUAGGUUAGGAAAAAAAGUAGUCUGUAAAUUUAUUUUUCUCUUUAGGAUAGCAAUUAUUUAUUGGGGACCUUAAUUCUGACUCUUAGAAUGUUGUUAAAAUAGUUAUCCUCUGUGAGAUACAUUUUGGAGCACCCUAUUCAAGAUUUUAGACUAGUAACUUGGGAAUCUAGGCCCUAUCCUCUACUUUAGGAAGAGUAGGAUUAGUUACUCCUUUUGUAUGGGAGGACUUCAUGCUCAAGGCAUGUGUUGUGGAGAAAAUACUUCUUCACAAACAGCAAUUCAGUGACAAGACCUCAGAGGUACUGGGUAUUGAGGAAAAAAUAGAGAGUGGGUGAAAAUGCCUGCUUUACUGUAAAAUGAUUCUUGCCAGGUUCCCACGUUUGUCUUCACUGAACUUUGGACUGCCUGUUGCCUGGGGAAGGGAGAUGUGGAUUAAAGAACCUUCCUGUUCAGUGCUGCCUGCUUUAUACAAGCAUGAAAUGCGAAGCCAAGUUAUUUUAUUAAUCCAAGUUCUUUUUACGUUUUAAACCUUUGUUUCUCAAGAACUAGUCAUUACAGAAUAUCACCUCUAUUUUAUGAUGGUGUGUAAUUUUGUUUGAUACCUCAUACUUCAUGCUGAUAGUUUCGUUUGUUUAUUAACAGUUCAUCUGCUCUGCCCUAAGGUGGUGAACACCUCUGCUGUCAUUGUAGCCCUUUGGAUGUACUAAAAGGGAAUUUACAGAGUAUAACUUUACUUUUAAGUAUUUGCUAAGGAGAGGUCCCUAGCAGCUGAGAGUGGGGCACAGUCUUUGUCUUUAUUUCCUUAGUGGAUGCAGUUUUCUGUUUUUAUGUGACUAUAUUGAUUAACAAAACAGUGACACAAGUUUCAAGCAUUAAUUUGAAUGCUUCAUACUAGCUAAAUAUCACAUUAAAAUGCUCAUCAGUUAGAAAGAACGUUAAUGCUUCUUGGUGCUGGGAGGAUAUUUGAAUUAGAUCUUUUGCAGUCUGAUAUUUGGAGCUGUGGAUUCCACUUUGUAGUGGGUACCUUAGGUUUAGGUAAUGGUUGCUGACACACUUUAAGUAGCUGGUAAACUUCCUCUUGUGUCAGUAUUAAGAAUGAUGGCCGAUAUAACCCCUAAAAUCUGCAAGGGUCAUCCACAAAUUAAUCCCUGAAAGAUGUACAUGUUGGUAUUAUUUAUUAAUAUUUAUGCUUUUAUGGAUGUCUUUUAAAAAUAGAAUUGUGUGAAAUGUUCUGCUUAACUUGCUUGGGAAAUAUAGCCAAAGCAUAUUAAUAGCUCACACUCUACCGUGUUUUAACUCUUAGGAAAGUGAAAUCACUGCUGCCAAAAUGAGAAUUCUACAAACGAAUUCCUUUGUUUAAAACGUUUUUUUCCCCCCAGUACACUCACCAUAGUACAUAUUUCUAAGGCCACUGAGAGAGGCAGGAGAAAUAGUUGUUAACACAGAAUUAUUUGUGUGAUAUAGUGUUUUUGUUCUUUUUCCUGUUUUAGUGCUUUUGUAGCUGAACUUACAGAACUCAUCGUAAGUGCAUUUUCAGUUUCUUAGUAGGAGACGGAGUAGGCUGUGGUCAGUUUUAAAGUUUAGAGGGUCCUGAGCAUUAAAGACACAAGUAUUUGUCUUGUUUGAAUCCUCACAAACAGUGAUGGCGAACAAGGACGUCAUCGUUUGAGGAUUAAUUCUAAAAUGAGGAUUCUGGUGGGUGCUUUUCCUUCCCAACCAACCAUUUCCAAAUCUUUUUCUUCUUUUGCUUCUGAAACUUUUGUGAAGAUUGCCUGUAUCAAAUUUAUUGGUAGCAUUGCUCUGAUUUCAAGGCCAAAAAACGCUAAGUAUUUGUGUGACAUUGUUAAAUAAGGUUUUUAAUAUUUACAUGAAGCUAAAAAUAGAAUUCAUCCAGUGGAUUUUUGUAGUGAUGUUUUCAUGGUGGAAACAUAAAUACGUCAUUUUGUGGUGGAUAGCCAAUUUAUAGACAUGCUGACCCAUUUCUUCAGGUGUUAUCAGAUUUAAAAACAACUUCGAACUGUUAUUUUGCUGAAAGUUGGGAAUAUGUUAAGUAACGGAUUCACAAAAUAGGGCAUUUUAAACCAAACUGUGUUGAAAGGUUUGAAAGUAGUACAUUUUUACUUUUAAGAGCAACAGUUUUUGAAAUUAUUUUAAGUCAACAAUGCAGUAUUUUUUAAAGUCAGUUUUUCUUAAAAGGUAUGUUUUAAUGUGACAUGUAACCAAUGUAACUUUAGCUUUUGACUGGUAAACUUCAAGUGCUUUUAUAUUUCAGGUUGACUUUAAAAAGCCAAUGAGCAGUACUCAGAGGUUAUGGAUCCUUAAGCAAUUAGUGGAAUAGUAUUUUGUUAUGGAGUCUAGGAUUAUUGUCUGCCUUUAAAGUAUUCUAUAGUUUUUAACUUAAAGCAUAAAGAGUAACAUUUUAUCUUAUAUUAAUUUAAAAAGUUGCAUUUUGCAUUUGUUACUAUACAUGUGUCGCCUGUUUUAUGACCAGUGUUUACCCCUCUAAGUCAGUUCUAUGCAUAACCAUUCACCAAAUACUGCUGCUCUGGUUUCUUAGAGGAAACAUUCUGUGCUAUGCUAUGAUGUAUUGUCAUCUUGCUGCUUGACAAAUAGGUUUAUAAGGAAUUAGAACUGUGUGUGUUAAUAGUACCUUUGUAUAACGAGAUGUAAAAUUAGAGAUGAGUCUGUGUAAACGAUUAUUCACUGUUUUAGAACUGGGCAACACUAUAUCUAAAACUUCUGUGGUUUGUAUGAUGCUUCACUUUACACAGAAUAAAUUAAAAUGAAAACAAAA